AUGGAUAUAGCUUAUAGUGUGCAGCAUCUCAGUCAAUUCAUGCAAACUCCUAGGGAACCACACUUGAAGGCUGGUUAUCAUGUUCUGAGAUAUUUGAAACAAGAUCCUACAAUGGGAAUUUUCAUCUCGAACAAGCCUGAUCUUACUGUAAAUGCCUAUUGUGACUCAGACUGGGCUACCUGUCCUGAUUCAAGUUGGAAGUCUAAGAAACAAGCCACAUUUUCUUUAUCCUCUGCAGAAGCAGAAUACAAGGCUGUGAGACAAGUAGUAAGUGAGCUGGUCUUCUGUGACAGUCAAGCUGCAGUACACAUUGCCAAAAUCCAGUCUUCCAUGAAAGGACAAAACACAUAG